UCUGGUUUCCCGCUUUUCUGUUCACCGUUUCGAAGCGUUUCUCUUCAUGAAAGCCACAAGGACAUAGCAGUCAUCGUCUUUCACUUCAUUCAUAUAAACAUAGUCUUAACCGCUAGCCGUGGGACCCGUCCCUAAUCCAGGCCAAGAAGACUCUCCCGUGUUGAUUGUUGUCCUCAACCAUGGACGGUAAGGCUGAUGUAAAGGCCAUCAUGGCUCGUUUCCAGGCUGGUGGGGCCAGUGGUGCUGAAGAGACAUCUUCCUCGUCUACGGGAAAUCAGAAGACAGCCCUGCACCCCACCCUGUCAUCUGGCCCUCCUGUGCAGCCUAAGAAACCGGUCUUGGAGAGCCUGUCGGGGAGCGCUGUCACUAUUCCUCCAAAAUCCACCGUCUUAAAAAGUACUGUCUCCAGUACAAGUGCUCCAGAGGUGCGACAGUUGUCAAAGACCAAAGCCCUGGCUAGUGUUUUUUCCAACGCCCAGGAGGUCACUAACGGAAACGUGAAACCUUCCCAUGUUCAUACACAGCAGUUCCCUUUGAAAACAGCUACUUCACAGAACAAUGAGCAUAAAAGCCCUAUACCCAAACCUCCUCUUCACAAGCCCUCCCUAAGCUCCACCUUGCCUGAAUCCAAGCCUGCCUUUACCAAACCACCCUGGGUGAAAGAAAGCAGCAGUGGUUCACUAUCCACUCCUGGUUCCACCCUGCAGAAAAACCUGCCCCCACCACAAAAACCCAGCAGCAGUAUUGCAAAGUUACGAAGACAGAAUGACGAGGUGGCAGGAGUUAACACGGAUUUUGUAAAUAAACCUUUCCACACGAUAAACUCUCAACCCGCUGCAAAUAUAUUUACUGCUCAGAGUGCCUUUAAUAAGGAGAGGGACAAGACUAACCAAUCAGAGGGUGGCUUAAAAAGGGAGGGGUCAAACAAACUACCCCUCCAUGUUUCUAACUCCUCCCCUCCUCCCAAACCUCCAGCCAGUAAGAAGCCUAGCUUAUUGAAGGGCCCACCUGGUUCUUCACCCCAGAUCAACAGCAUUAGUAGUGGUGCCACUUUGGGCCCCAAGCGAAAUCCUCUACCCAACAGUUUGGCCCUGGGCCCUGCCCCAGCCAAGCCCAAUCGGCCCCCAAGAGUGAAUCUGGAAAGAUUCAGAGGAGAUGGUGUGGUGCCUGGCAAUGGUCCUGACACGUUAAAGAAGAAACCUGUCUUCCCACUUCCCAUUGACCCUCAUCCCAGUGAGCAGAACAGCCACAUGGGCCAUCCCAUGUUUUCCACUCCCCCAGCUCCAUCUCUGCCCCCACGACACCCAGCGACCAUAAUACAACCGGAUGAGGAUGAAAAUUAUGAUGACGUUGGUUUGAUCAACAGCUCUCCGCCACCACCACCGCCACCCUCCACAGGUCACCCGAGUCAGAGGGCAAAGCAAGAGGAUGACAGUGACGGCAUGAUGUAUGAAGAUCUUGAUGAACGAUGGGAGGAAGCAGCUGAACUAAAGGAACUAAAGAAGAGAGAGUGCGAACAGAAGGAAGAGAAAAAACGACUGGAGGCUGAAAAGAAGGAAAAGAAGGAGAGAGAAAAGAGAGAACAAGAAGCGAGGAAAAAAUUCAAACUGGUUGGUCCUCUGGAGGUGAUCCACAAAGGGAAGGCUCGAGCAGACAGCCGAGGCAACAAGACAGACCUAAACCUGAAGCAGGGGGAGUGGGUGGACAUCCUCCGUGUCCAGGGUAACCCGGAGGGGAAAUGGCUGGGGAGGACACAGGGCGGAUACUUUGGUUAUGUAAAGAACUCUUCGGUGGAAAUCGACCUGGACAGUUGGAAAGAUCGGAGAGGCUCUGUCACCCUCCAUCAAGACUAUGACCCUGAGGUUUACGAUGACAUAUACUUCGUCACUGAUGAAAGUAACAACAGUGAGUUCAACGGACACGGAGUGGUGCUACCCCCACCACCAGAGGAAGAUGGAGAAAUUUAUGAUGAUGUUGAUCCCAGCCUAGAUAUCAGAGUGCCUCCACCCAUCCAGUUCACGGCAGAGGGCAAUUCAGAUCAGUCGGGAGCAGUAACUGAGGAGGAAAUAUAUGAUGAUGUUGACUCGCAAGGUUUUCCUCCUCCCCCUCCAGUCAGCAGCCUUCCAACCCUGAAAGCUCAGACCAAGGCUGAGGAGAUGGAUCCGAAAAAACAGAAAAAGUUUAAGAAAGAGGAGAAGGAGUUCAGGAAAAAAUUCAAACAUGAUGGGGAUAUACAGGUGUUGUAUCAGUUGACUGUCUCUCCUACUUUGACCAACAAGAAAUGGAGUGGCAAAGAUUUGCCGAUAAAACCAGGGGAGACACUUGACGUCAUCGUUAAAGCUGUGGAUGACAAGUUCAUCUGUCGGAAUGAAGAGGGCAAGUUUGGUUAUGUUUUAGCCAGUCACGUUGCCAUGGAAGACGGUGAUAUAUAUGACGACAUUGGAGAUGAUUGCAUCUACGACAACGACUGAGAAUCACUGCACCACUGCUGUAACUGUAUGGUACUGAGUUUGCAAUUUCUGUGAUAUAUAUAUAUAUAUAUAUAUAUAUAUAUAUAUAUAUAUAUAUAUAUAUAUAUC